CACAGUUCACUCAGCAACUGCACUGGAUGGCUCCUAGUGGCAACAUACAGUGGCGGAUUGCACUUUAUUCCUUACAAACACGAAACUGUAGGCGGUACUUCAGCAUCCACCUCUAGCUCCGUGGAUUGCUGUCUUUUGAGGGUCAACCCAACAGUGACCAUUGACAAUCCCGAGGCAUCCGUGCUAUCGCUCGAUAUCAGCCCAGGUGGCCACUUCAUAGCCGUUGGCUGCUCCGACAACUUCGUCCGAAUGUACACAUUUGCUGAAAAUGGACUUCCGGUCGCCGCUGGACGUCUUUUUGCCCGCGAGGAUGGAGUGAACAAACUGAGGUUCAGCAACUCGGGCACCAUGCUGGCCACAUCCUCCUCCAACGGCGGAACUUGUUGGCUCUGGAAGCUGCAAUCUUGCCUUUGGACCGGGGCAGAAUUGAAACUACGAAAGCGGCCCAGAUGCCGUCCUUGCUUGCUGCAGUGGACCAAGGACGAUCGCUACCUUGUAGUGAGCACCAAGAGUGGCAGCGUGUACGUCUUCCUGACAGAGACGGGCGAGGUCGCCAAUGUCCUAAGGGAGUAUUUUUAA